AGCGCGAGCGGCGCCGUCACAAAAGGAAGUGGCGGCGGCGGGUCCGUCAGCGCGGGGAGGGGCGGGGGCGGCUCCGGCACCUCCGGGAGCACCGGGAGCACCGGGAACAAGCGGCACCGGCACCGGCACCCGCGGGGCGGCCGCGGCGGGGGCCGCGCCGCGCCAUGGCCCAGCAGCAGAUGAGCAGCUCGCAGAAGGCGCUGAUGCUGGAGCUGAAGUCGCUGCAGGAGGAGCCGGUCGAGGGCUUCCGCAUCACCCUGGUCGACGAGUCCGACCUCUACAACUGGGAGGUGGCGAUCUUCGGGCCCCCCAACACGCUGUACGAGGGCGGGUACUUCAAGGCUCACAUUAAAUUCCCUAUCGACUAUCCAUAUUCACCACCUACCUUCAGAUUCCUGACCAAAAUGUGGCACCCCAACAUUUAUGAGAAUGGAGAUGUAUGUAUUUCAAUUCUUCACCCACCUGUAGAUGACCCACAAAGUGGAGAGCUGCCAUCUGAGAGGUGGAACCCUACCCAAAAUGUCAGGACUAUCUUACUGAGUGUAAUCUCUUUGCUUAAUGAGCCCAACACAUUCUCCCCAGCCAACGUGGAUGCAUCAGUCAUGUUCAGGAAAUGGAGGGACAGUAAAGGAAAAGACAAGGAGUACGCCGAAAUCAUAAGGAAACAGGUUUUGGCUACCAAAGCUGAGGCUGAGAAGGAUGGCGUGAAGGUCCCCACUACACUGGCAGAGUACUGCAUCAAAACUAAAGUGCCUUCCAAUGACAACAGUUCAGAUUUGCUUUACGACGACUUGUACGAUGACGACAUUGACGACGAGGACGAGGAGGAGGAGGACGCCGACUGUUACGAUGAUGAUGAUUCUGGCAACGAGGAGUCGUGACCUGCUCCCUCUAUGCCCCUGUACUGCCCUGCCGACUCAGGCCAGAAGGGAGCAGCGGUAACCUAGCAGCAGUCCAGCAAAAAAAGUGGGGGGGGGGGGGAAAAAGGGGGGGGGGGGUGUCAAAAAAAAAAUGAAAAAAAAGAAAAACAAACAAACAAAAAAAAAACCCAACACAAAACUUUGUCUCCUGCUGUCUCCUGUUGUAUGGAUCUGUUUGCUCCUUUUUUAUGGACCUCUUAGAGACCCUCCACAGAAUGUCUGAAUUCUUGCAUUCUUAACCCUUUCAUCACUGUAUUAAGAUUUCUUUUUAAAAAAGAAACUCCCCUUUUCACUUCUCUACAAAACGCUCACAGCAAAACAGGUUUGCUCGCGUUUAGAUUCUUGAAUUAAAUACAGUCUUGCAUUGAGAUGUUUAAUGUAUUUAAAGCUGGAACAAACCCAUUGGAAGCCGGGUUUUCAGGAGCUCAAGUGCUGCAUUUACUGGGAAGAAAAAAAAAUCCCCACGAAGCAAAUUGCCAAGGUUUAGCUGCUCCAUUUACAAUAAUAGCGUGUGUACAUUCGUUUAGCCUUGUGGUGGUGGCUUUUCCUUUAUGAGGUGUGGGGCGGAGAGUGUAAAGCUACUGUGUGUUGAGCUUGAUGGGAUGUCACUGAAAGGUACAGUAUUCCUUUUCAGCCUGCUAAGUUAGGAAAUAGCUGGCCCCUGGAGCCCCAGAGGGCACAAUCAGCUUUGUCUCUGGAAAAGGCUUGUGAGAUGAACCCUAAAAUAAACACUUAACACUUCACAUCUGUA